AUGGAAGGAAGGAAAAGGACACUCACAGAGCCAUUCGAGCCAAACAAGAAUCCCUUCGCUGACAAUGCAGCUAUAAUGACGGAAGAUAGUGAAGACGAAGUUGAAAGAAACGAUGAUCAUUUGGAGACGAGGCCACAGGCUUUGGUACCACCAUCUUUAAACAUUGUGCCACCGGAUAGUACUGGAUAUACAAUUGAAGGUGAACAAGAAGAUAGUAACUCAGACGACAAUGAGAAAGAUGAUUCAUUAAUUUCCAACAUAUUUCGUACUCGUAUCGGAAGGAGUACUAAUAAAAACAUGAGUAGACCUAAGCUUUCUCUUCAAACAGCAUCAUUUAGUGCUGCAGAAUCUUCCGGACGUAACGCUUCGCCUUCGGUAGGGUCUGCCAAAUCUAGUUCACAGCAUAUUGAUUUAAAUGAUGAAAGGCUGCGCAGGCGUAGCUUUAGUAACUACAGCCGAACGUCCAGUAGGCGGGUUUCUAACUCAGCAAGUUCAACCGAUAGACCACCGAGGUCGGCAAAAGUUCUGUCACUAAUUGCUGCUGACGAUAUGGAUGAAUUUGAAGAUUUGCAGAAAGGGUUCAAAAGUGCGAUAGACGAAGAGGGUUUGACGUGGUUACCUCAGUUAAAUAAAAGCCAUACUGGAUCAGUUGCUGGAGAAGAAGGAGAAGGACGAGGAGGGGCAGAAGAAGAUGAAAUAGAGGGAGAAGAAGAUGAUUAUGAUGAAUCAAUAGCUGAUGUACAUACACCCAACGUGGGAACGAGCGCAGCGCCUGGUUCCAUUCACCUUACGCCAGAACUUGGACAAAGUAGACCGCUGUCUGAGGCACACGAGGGCUUUUUAUAUACUUCAAGAAAGAAAUCCAGCCCCAAGUUCAUUGAUCAUUUGUCACCUCAAAAGAAGAGCAAGGAUCAAGCGGAGGUUAAUGAACAUACUAUAGACAUUCCAGAUUUCGAAGCGCUUCAGAAGAAGCUAGAUAAAAGACCUUUUGUUCUUUAUGGACAUUCCCUUGGGAUUUUCUCACCUACAAAUAAAAUAAGAUUGAAAAUUGCUCGCUGUUUGCUGAAUAAACGCUAUUCAUUUCUUUGCAGCCUUUUAUUGACAUUUUAUACUAUACUUCUGGCGGUAAGGACGUACGAUCCUCACAAUGUCGUUUUUUUAUACCGAUUUUCUGACUGGACUGAUUAUUUUAUUUUCAUAUUAUCUGCUUGCUUUACAGCCAAUGAUGUAGCAAAAAUAAUCGCUUUUGGGUUUUGGGAUGACUCUCAAAUGUUCAGUGCAUAUGGGCGUGAGUAUAAAUCAAUCUUACAGAGAUCCGGAAUAAUGAAACUUUAUACAUAUAUGAGAGAGAAAUAUGGCAGUGAACUAAUAGAUUUUAUUAUUCCGUUCAAAAUYGAAUCUACAGAGGAAGAAAAAAAGUACCAACAAAAAUCAUUAACUGCUUCUUUAACACAACCUUAUGGUGCGAAGGGACAGAACAGGUCAUUUGCCACUCCAAGGGCAUUUGCGCGGUCGUCAUGGAAUAGAAUAGAUCUCGUAUCUUCUGUAAGCUUCUGGCUCGGUAUGUUCUUAUCCAUUAGAAGCUACGAUUCAAAAGCAGGCAUAAGAAUAUUCAAGCCCCUAGCUAUACUAAGAAUUCUUCGACUCGUAAAUAUCGAUACCGGUAUGCCAUCAAUUUUAAGAGGACUGAAAUAUGGUAUCCCUCAAUUGGUCAAUGUUAGUUCUAUGUUAGUGUAUUUUUGGAUCUUUUUUGGAAUUUUAGGAGUACAGAUUUUUCAAGGUUCAUUUCGAAGACAAUGUGUGUGGUAUAAUUCCGAAGACCCUACUGAUACAUAUCAAUACAACCUGCAGUUUUGCGGCGGCCAUCUUGACCCAGUGACAAAACAAAGACAAAACUAUAUCUAUGAGGAUGGUACUGAAGGUCCUGUUUCAAAGGGCUUUCUUUGCCCACAAUAUUCCAAGUGUGUUUCUAAUGCUAAUCCGUAUAACGGUAGAAUUAGCUUCGAUAAUAUUGUCAAUUCGAUGGAACUUGUCUUUGUUAUAAUGAGUGCUAACACCUUCACUGAUUUGAUGUAUUAUACGAUGGAUUCAGAUGAAAUGGCUGCAUGUUUGUUUUUUAUCGUUUGUAUUUUUGUCUUAACUAUUUGGCUACUGAAUUUACUUAUUGCAGUUCUGGUGUCUUCUUUCGAAAUAGCUAACGAGGAGUACAAGAAGAGAAAGACAAUAUAUGGUUCAAAAAACAUGGGUUAUAUUGCGCGUUUGAUAACAGGCUAUUGGAAAUAUUUUAAACUGAAGGCAAACCAAGCCAAAUUUCCAAAUUGGUCUCAGAAAGGGCAAAUGAUCUACUCUUAUGUUGAGUUUAUUUUUGUUAUGCUUAUUAUCUGUGAUAUAGGUAUGCGUGCCUCUGUGAAGGUGACAACUUCCGCACAUUAUGCCAAUAUUCUCUUAAAGACUGACAGAGGAAUUUCAAUCGUUCUUUUCAUCGAAUCAAUAGUAAGGCUAAUAUUAUAUCUACCCAACAUGUGGAAGUUUUUGACAAAACCCAGCUACGUGUACGAUCUUAUCAUCUCGAUUAUCACUCUGGUUAUUAGUUGCCUUGCUGUCGAAGGAGUUUUAGGACAUGCAUAUGCUUGGCUGUCCAUAUUUCAGAUAUCCAGAUUUUAUAGAGUGAUCAUAUCAUUCAACUUAACAAAAAAAUUAUGGAAACAGAUAUUAGGUAACGGUGUUAUGAUUUGGAAUUUAUCUUCCUUUUACUUUUUUUUCACCUUUUUGGUUGCUAUAGUUAUGGCUGUGUAUUUCGAAGGUGUCGUUCCACCAGAGGAGAUGGCAGACCAGCCGUUCGGAAUGUAUUCAUUACCGAAUUCAUUUCUAUCAUUGUUUAUUAUUGGGUCCACUGAAAAUUGGACAGAUAUCUUAUACCCACUUCAAAAACACUCUCCUAAUAUUUCCUCAGCUUUUUUUUGUUCAGUGCUUUUCAUUAUAUGGUUUCUCUUGUCCAAUUCAGUGAUUUUGAAUAUUUUCAUUGCAUUGAUAUCAGAGAGUAUGGAAGUAAAAGAAGAGGAAAAAAGACCGCAACAGAUAAAACAUUAUCUGAAAUUUGUCUAUCCUCAAAAGAUCCAAGAAUAUACACAUGCGAGUUUAAUAGCAAGGAUUAGAAAAAAGCUUUUUGGAAGUCGUAGCAAUGAAGACACCAGAGAUUUCAAACAAUUUCUUAUGAGAGGAACUGCAAUCAUGAACAUAGCACAAAAUAUGGGAGAAUUAGCCGACGAACUCAAAGAACCUCCAUCUCAGAAUAUAAUUCAAAGAGGUUUAUCAAAGCUCACAAAGGGCGUUCCAUCAUUGAGACGAUUAAGAAUGUUCGCUAAUAAUCCAUUUUAUAAGAGUAGUGAUGUUGUAUUCACAGAAACGAACGAUAUCAACGGAAGAACCUAUGUUUUGCAGUUGAAUGAAUAUGAAGAAGAAAAGUUAGAAUAUUUGAAAAGGUAUCCUUUGUUCAAUUAUUCGUAUUAUUUCUUUUCUCCUCAGCAUAGGUUUCGGAAAUUUUGUCAACGCCUUGUACCACCCAGUACUGGUAAAAGAACUGACGGCACACGAUUCGUUGAGGAUAGUACAGAUCUAUACAAUAAGAGAAGCUAUUUUCACCACAUUGAAAGGGACGUGUUCGUUUUUAUUUUUGCGCUUGCUACUAUUUUAUUGAUUGUUUGUUCAUGCUACGUCACACCAUUGUACCGUAUGUAUAAUCAUAUGGGAACCUGGAAUUGGUCUUCUGCCUUGGAUUGUGCGUUCAUUGGUGCCUUUUCUAUUGAAUUUAUUGUAAAGACAAUUGCCGAUGGAUUUUUGUAUUCUCCAAAUGCUUACUUAAGGAAUCCAUGGAAUUUUAUUGAUUUUCUCGUCCUCGUCUCAAUGUGGAUUAAUUUGAUUGCUUACCUGAAAAAUAAUGGAAAUUUAUCUAGAAUUUUUAAAGGUUUGACAGCACUGAGAGCACUUAGAUGCCUAACAAUCAGUAACACCGCACGUCAAACAUUUAAUCUUGUCAUGUUUGAUGGUUUGAAUAAGAUUUUUGAAGCAGGGUUAAUAUCAUUGAGUUUACUAUUUCCAUUUACAGUUUGGGGUUUAAAUAUCUUUAAAGGCCGCUUGGGUACUUGCAAUGAUGGAAGUUUAGGCCGUGAGCAAUGUUACAAUGAAUAUUCAAAUUCUGUGUUUCAAUGGGAAAUUAUGUCCCCAAGGGUUUACCAGCAACCAUAUCUUCAUUUAGAUUCUUUCGCAAGUGCAUUCAAUUCAUUAUACCAGAUUAUUUCUUUGGAAGGUUGGGUAGAUUUGUUAGAAGAUAUGAUGAACAGCUCAGGAAUAGGUACACCUGCUACAGUAAUGGGAUCGGCAGGAAGUGCUGUAUUUCUGGUUCUGUUUAAUUUCUUGAGUAUGGUUUUCAUUUUGAACUUGUUUGUUUCCUUCAUUGUCAACAACCAGGCAAGAACAACAGGUAGCGCGUACUAUACUAUAGAAGAAAAAGCAUGGUUGGAAUCUCAGAAACUUUUAUCCCAAGCCAAGCCAAAAGCAAUUCCCAAUUUAAUAGAGCUAUCCAAAAUCAGACAGUUUUUUUACCAAAUUGCUGUUGACAAAAAGAAUCUCUAUUAUGCGUCGUUCCUGCAGAUAGUACUCUAUAUCCAUAUAAUAAUGCUGCUAAGUCGCAGCUACGAUCCGAAGCACUUGAUUGGUUACCAAGGCGUUUUUUUCAUGUUUUCCACCAGUGUAUUCUUGAUCCAGGAAGCAUUCCACAUGUGUGGCGAAGGACCAAGAUUGUAUUUUAGACAAAAGUGGAAUAGUACACGGCUCAGCAUCGUAAUUAUAGCAUUUAUUAUGAAUGCUGUAGCAUUCCAUAUUCCAGCUUCUCACUAUUGGUUUCACAACACCAAAGGGUUUUUUUUAUUGGUAAUAUUUUUAUUCGUAAUACCCCAAAAUGAUACAUUGACUGAACUAUUGGAAACUGCAAUGGCAAGUUUGCCCCCAAUUUUAUCAUUAACUUACACCUGGGGUGUUUUAUUUUUAGUUUAUGCUAUUGCUUUGAAUCAGAUUUUCGGUUUAACAAGGCUAGGAAGCAAUACAACAGAUAACAUAAACUUUAGGACUAUCAUCAAAUCCAUGAUUGUUUUGUUCAGAUGCAGCUUUGGUGAAGGUUGGAACUACAUUAUGAAUGAUCUAACUAUAUCUGAACCCUAUUGUUCUUCUGAUGACAACUCAACAUAUACGGAUUGUGGCUCAGAAACAUACGCAUACUUAUUACUCAUGUCGUGGAAUAUUAUUUCAAUGUAUAUUUUUGUGAAUAUGUUUGUCUCAUUGAUUAUUGGUAAUUUCAGUUAUGUUUAUCGCAGCGGUGGAUCUAGCUCAGGUAUCAACAGAUCAGAGAUAAAAAAGUACAUAGAGGCAUGGUCUAAAUUUGAUACCGACGGAACUGGUGAACUUGAAUUGUCUUACCUUCCAAAAAUAAUGCAUUCAUUUGAUGGCCCACUUUCUUUCAAAAUUUGGGAAGGGAGAUUAACAAUAAAGAAUCUAGUCAAGAACUUUAUGGAGGUAAACCCAGAGGAUCCAUAUGAUGUCAAGAUAGACCUGAAUGGAUUAAAUAAAGAGUUGAACACCAUUAGUAAAGCGAAGGUCAUACAAAGAAAGCUGCAAUAUAGAAGAUUUGUUCAGGGAAUACAUUAUACGAAUGCGUAUAAUGGGGGCAUUAGGUUUUCGGACCUAUUACUACAGAUACCUCUCUUCACCACUUAUUCCGCAAGAGAGUGUUUAGGUAUCGAUCAAUACGUGCAUUACUUGUAUGUAUUGGGUAAAGUGGACAAGUAUCUAGAGAACCAAAGGAACUUCGAUGUUUUAGAAAUGGUGGUGACGAGAUGGAAAUUUCACAGUAGGAUGAAACGUGCUAUUGAACCCGAUUGGGAUGUCAAAGAUCAUUUAGCAUCAUCCCAUAUUUCAAAUAUUGAUAUAAACGUGGAAUCCGUUCCAGAAACUGCAAUGACAGAACCUAUCGGGACACCUAGGAUGAACUAUGGUGUAAACAACUUUAUGUGGUCUCCAAGAAUUGACCAAGCGUCCACGAUGGAACCGACAGAAAAACCAAAAGAUGGUAAUUCAGAAUAA